AUGAGUGCUAGUUAUUUAACACCGGAGACGACGACGGAGGACAAGAGCGGCAGAGAGCGACUCGGGCUGAGCUUCACCAUCGACUACCUCCUGUUCAAUAAGGGAGCCAAAGAUUCUGAACCGAAGGAUGACCGGAGGUUGCUCGAUGGUCACAAACCCAGAAAGGUGGUCGCCGUACAGGAGAGGUCAGCAGAGACCGGAGAAAGGGACGUCAGAAGAGAGGAGGGGGAUGGAGAACGACGAGAGGAGGGGGAGGAGGACGUGAGCGCUGCCGCCAUAUGCGACGAAAAACCCAACCAGUCGUACAUCGCACUCAUCUCCAAGGCCAUCCUGGCGUCGGAGCAGAAGAAGUUGCUGUUGUGCGACAUCUAUCAGUGGAUCAUGGACCACUACCCUUACUUCAAGAGCAAGGAUAAAAACUGGAGAAACAGCGUGCGACACAACCUGUCCCUCAACGACUGCUUCAUCAAAGCCGGACGAAGCGAAAACGGUAAAGGCCACUUCUGGGCCGUUCAUCCGUCAAACUACAAGGACUUUUCUAACGGGGACUACCACUGCCGGAAGACGCGACGGAGGGUCCGCAGGGUGGCGGGGCAGCUCCCGCUCUUGCCCCUCGGCUCCUCGUAUCAACUCGCCCGCCACCAGCGGGCGUCCUGCUGGUGCUGCCCGCAGGCCCGUGCGCUCCCGUUACCCUGUUUGGCCCCAAGACUCUAUUGGCCUUGGUCCAGUGUCCAAGUACCAGGCUUUCACCUUGACCUGCAUGUGUCUGGACCUUAA